ACUCAGAUAAUAAAACACAGAUAAUAAGACAACAGAAGUUAAUUAAAGAAAAUGAGUUAGCAUGUGUAAUAAAAUGCAAGGCUGCACGGCCGAAUGAAUCCAGACAUUUCAAUACUGACACUGAAGCAUGCAUAGACAUGAACCUGAUAGGUCAGGUGGUGGGCGUUUCCUGAAUGCUCAGGGUAGAAAACAGGGACAGGAAUCCUCCGUCAGUGCAGACCAACGUCAAACGUUAACACUUGCUAACCAUGCUGAAGUUCAUCCUGUUGAGUGCUCUCGCAGCCCUAGUGCUGACUGAGGAUGUGCCACUCCAGCCCAGAUACCUGGAAGAUGUACCUCAGACCAGAGUUGUAGGUGGUGAGGUUGCCAAGCCCCACUCCUGGCCCUGGCAGAUCUCUCUCCAAUACAAGUCUGGAAGCUCCUACUACCACACCUGUGGAGGAACUCUGAUCAAGAAGGGAUGGGUCAUGACAGCCGCCCACUGUGUGACCGUCUCGCGAACUUGGCGUGUGGUUCUUGGAGCGCACAAUCUGAACAGCAAUGAGGGAACGCAGCAGAUCGUCAGUGUCAGCAAGAUCGUUACAAAUUCUCAGUGGACCAGUAACUUAGCCGCAGGGUUUGACAUCGCCCUGAUAAAACUGUCCACUCCAGCCACCCUGAACUCUGCUGUCCAGCUGGCUGUUCUCCCUCCCUCUGGUCAGAUCCUGCCCAACAACAACCCCUGUUACAUCACUGGAUGGGGACGCACCUCCACCGGAGGUUCCCUGUCCAACAGCCUGAAACAGGCUUAUCUGCCCAGCGUUGACUACAAGACCUGCUCAGGCCCAACCUGGUGGGGAUCCACUGUUAAACCCACCAUGGUCUGUGCUGGUGGUGGAUCCAACGCUGGUUGCCAGGGUGACUCUGGCGGCCCCCUGAACUGCCAGGUGGGGGGGAGGUACUACGUCCAUGGGGUGACCAGCUUUGUAUCCUCUGCUGGGUGUAAUGUCAUCCGCAAGCCAACCGUCUUCACCCGUGUGUCUGCCUACACUGACUGGAUAAAUAAAGUGACCGUCUGAGAGGGAUUGUCGUCUUGGAAACAGAGUGUGCACAAGACACUUCCAAAGUCACUAGCAACACUGUUCAAUUAUAAUAAACAAUCACACUUUGAGUGAAACCUUGUUCAUGGCUACUACUAACCUAUAAAUGUGUUCUCUUUAAUAUUGCUUUGGAAUACAAUUUGUUGGCACAGUAUAUUGGAAAUCCUGAUAAUCCUUGUUAAUCACUGUUGGAAACAGGUUUGAACGAUUUGUGAGAUUCUCUGUGGUAGAGACAAGACUGAAGAGUUGAUAUGAAGCAUGAGAGGCUGGAUGAGAGGAAAGUACAGUGAAUACAAUGUUCCAAAUAAUCAGUGGUGGCUCCUGAUUGGCUGUCCAUGAUACAUGUCCAUGAUACAUGCUACUCUAACGUAGUGAAGUGUUAUGACAUAGUCAUAA